AUCUCGCAAGCAGCACCACUCACUCUAAAUCUCUCUCUCUCGCUCCUUUUUUCCGUCCACAGAUCUCCGAAAAUGGCCCUUGAAAUCCAACUUUCGUGCGAUUCCGACGGUGCAUGCAUGCGAUGUAAGGUGACGAUUCCGUCGGAAGAGUGUCUCACUUGCAGCACGUGCGUUACGCCGUGGCACGUGUCGUGUCUCCGGUCCCCUCCCAAAACCCUAGCUUCCACACAGGCGUGGGAGUGUCCCGAUUGCUCCGGCGUCGUCGAUCCCGUUUCGGUUUCCGAAGCCGACGGGUUUAAACCCGACGGCUCAAGCCUUGUGGCGGCGAUCCGUGCGAUCGAGGCUGAUGAGUCUCUGACUGAGGCACAGAAGGCUAAGAAGAGGCAGAGGCUGUUGAGCGGUAAAGGUGAUGAGGAGGACGAGGAAAAGGACACAACAGAUGUUUUGGCUGCUCUUAAGGAAAGUUUCCAAUGUAUCAUCUGCCUCCAAUUGCUCGAAAAGCCAGUCACGACACCGUGCGGGCACAACUUCUGCCUCAAGUGUUUCCAGAAAUGGGCAGCAAAAGGGGACCGUAAGUGUGGGACAUGCCGCGCAAAAGUUCCUAUCAAGAUGGUACAGAAUCCAAGGAUCAACCUUACUCUUGUGGCUGCCCUUCGUUUGGCUAAGGAUUCUGAAUCUGCUUCUGUGGCUACCACAAAGGUUCAGCAUUAUAUAAGUAACCAAGAACGGCCUGCUACAGCUUUUACAACUGAGCGGGCCGUAUUGGCCGGUAAAGCUAAUGCGUGUUGCGGGAAGAGAUGGGUGACUUCUCCUUCUGACCAUUUUGGUCCAAUAGGUCCCGAAUAUGAUCCAACCAGAAACCGCGGGGUUUUGGUUGGUGAUAUUUGGGAGGAUAGGUAUGAUUGUAAGCAAUGGGGCGCUCACAACUCUCAUAUGGCUGGAAUCUCUGGGCAAUCCUCCUACGGUGCGCAGUCAGUGGCUCUCUCAGGUGGAUAUGAAGACGAUCAAGACCACGGAGAAUGGUUUCUCUACACUGGAAGUGGAGGAAGAGACUUGUCUGGCAACAAAAGAACCAACAAGGAACAGUCCUUUGACCAGACGUUUACCAAUGGAAAUGAAGCUCUGAGUAUUAGUUGCAUAAUGGGGUAUCCCGUACGGGUUAUCAGGACCCACAAGGAUGUGCGUUCUGCAUAUGCCCCCAUUGGUGGGAAAACUGUCAGAUAUGAUGGGGUUUACAGGAUUGAGAAGUGUUGGAAAAAUGUUGGAGUACAGGGCUUUAAGGUGUGUCGUUAUCUUUUUGUAAGAUGCGACAAUGAGGCUGCUCCAUGGACAAGCAAUGAGCAUGGUGAUCGUCCAAGACCUUUGCCCAACAUUUCUGAGCUUAGCAAUGCCAUUGAGCUGAUUGAGAGAGAGGAAAGCCCAUCUUGGGAUUUUGAUGUAGCAGAUGGCACGUGGAAAUGGGUGAAGCCACCACCUGCCAGCAGACAGCUCGCCAACAUGAAUAAAGGUCAAAAGAGGGGAAGAAAGAGUAGCAGAGACAAACUUUUGGAAGAGCUGAGUUGCCUAAUCUGUCGGGACAUGAUGAAAAAUCCUGUGACAACGCCUUGCGCACAUAACUUCUGCAAGGAUUGCUUAACCGCAAAAUUUGCUGGGAUCUCUCAAGUGAAUGUGAGGAGCAGAGGUGGCCGCACGCUACGUGCUAUAAAGAACGUUAUGAAAUGCCCUUGCUGCAAUAACGACAUUGCCGACUUUCUCCAGGAUCCACAGGUGAACAGAAAGUUGAAGAGUCUGAUAGAGAACCUGGAGAAGAAAGAGAAGGAUUAUGAAGAAACCUCCUCUGGAGGAGGAAACACAGAAGAAAAAGAAGAUGAAGAUGUAGAUGAUGAAGGAGAGGGAGAGGAAGAAGGAAAAAAAGAGGAGGAAGAACCUAAAAUUGUGGCUGAAGAUGAACCACCAACAAAGAAAAUCAAGCUGGUGUAACUAGGUAUCUUUUACCUAUCAGUAAAAUAGUUUUGGACUUGUCCUUAACUCUGUUUUCUGUUUUAAUAUUGCGAACUCAAAAACAUAUUAUUUUGGUCCUUAUUUGAAACAAAUGGCACCCUGUAUUCCAUAUAUAAAGUAUUUUGUUUUUUUUUAAUA